AUGGCACGGCUAUCGGUCUGUUACACGCUGUCACAGCCUGCAGAGCAACGUGGCCCGCUGCCACUCAGUUCAGACCUAGGAAAUCCUCCUGAAUACCUCUGGCGAGGACAGCUGAGCGGCUCCAGCCGCAUUACCGCGGGGCAAUGGACCGAGCAGCCCCCAUCGCAGCGCUGGGCUGUUUUCAUCUCUAGCAGCCGGGGCCCGCAGCGCGGCGGCGGAAGCAUGAGCGGGGACGGUGGCGAGGGCUGCCCAGGAGGUGGCAAUCGGGAGCCUCGUACGAGAGUGGAGCAAAGGUGGAGGGAGGCUCCCAAGAAAAGGUGGCUGCCUUUAAGUCGAAGCACAAAUGCCUCUGCGUAUCCAGUGAUCCAGGAGAAUUCUGUCUCUGCCUUAAACACAAGUGUUGCAGAUAACAAGUUUAAACACAAACUCGGAAAGCUCCCCCCACCUCCCGCCGCCAACACCCCACAGUUUCCUCAGGAAGCCUUCUUAGGAAUUAACCCUUGUGAGCAAGAGGACAGUCAUUUUUGCAGAGGCUUGGAAGAGCAGUGGAGUGAAGUGCAGCAGAUGAUAAAUGGCACCCCGGUCUAUAUGUACCAGGACUGCAGUGUGCUUUCCGAGGGUGACACUGAUCACUGGCUUCGCACCAACUGGAUUUAUCGGGGUGAGGCAGCCUCGCGCAUUUACGUGGAGCUGAAGUUUACUGUGCGGGACUGCAAGAGCUUCAAAGGUGAAGUGGUAACCUGCAAAGAGACCUUCAAUCUCUAUUACAUGGAGUCUGAACAAGAUGUCGGGAUCCAGUUCCGCCGCCCGCUGUUCAUCAAGCUCAACACUGUGGCAGCAGACCGAAGUUUCACCAGCAGAGACAUUGAAUCGGGUGCCAUGCAGCUGAACACAGAAGUGUGCCCCAUUGGGAAGCUGUCUCGCCGGGGCUUCUAUUUGGCUUUCCAGAACUCCGGGGCUUGCGUAGCCAUGGUGUCUGUCCGGGUGUAUUACAAGACUUGCCCAGAGGCUGUGCGGGGCCUGGCCCGUUUUCCAGAGACGUUAGCAGGCUCAGAAGGGCUGACAGAAGUACCCGGGGUCUGCGUGGAGUAUGCAUCUGAAGAAGAGGGCUCCCCUCCCCGUAUGCAUUGCAGCACUGAUGGCGAGUGGCUGGUACCAAUGGGCCGAUGCCUUUGUGCUGUGGGGUUUGAGGAAGUCGAUGGGAGCUGCAUAG